CGUCACUCUUUUGUUUCUUUUGGUACACGGUUAAAGGUGGUGAAAAUACAGCUGAGCAUUCAAUUCGUAAACAUUGUUUCCAACAUCUUUCAUCUCUAUCUAGUUCUGCUCCUCUUUUGGACAGUUCUUCAGAAAUUUCUGCUUCAAACAUUGAUGUUUACUGCCCGAUAAUGUUAACUUGACGUUGUAUGGCCUGUGCUGGAGCUGCCAUCUUGGUUAAUAAAAUGGUGGUUGAUAUCCGAGUUACGUGGAACAGUGUUCCGAACCUUUGAGUAGACAGAACAACACCGUCAACAUGGAUCAAAAAGCUGAUCCGGAGAUGAAAGGGUGGUUGUCCAAGUGGACUAACUACAUUAAGGGAUAUCAGCGUCGUUGGUUUGUGCUGUCAAAUGGAUUCUUAUCAUAUUACAGAAAUCAGGCUGAAAUGGCGCAUACCUGUCGGGGUAACAUCAGCCUUCAUGGUGCCAUGAUUCACACAGAAGAUUCCUGCACAUUUGUUAUUUCAAACGGAGGCACACAGACAUUCCACAUAAGAGCUGCUAAUGAAGUGGAACGACAAAGAUGGGUGACUGCCUUGGAGCUAGCCAAAUCUAAUGCUAUAAGAGCCAUGGAAUCAGAUGAAGAGGAUGAAGCAGUUUUGCAAGAAUCAUCUCAGGGCCAGGAAGCUGAAUUAGCUAAUAUACUGAAAAAUUUAUCUGCUCGCUUGGAUGAUUUACAAUCAUGCAAUGAUUUAAUUGUUAAACAUGGUACAGCUCUUCAGCGAUCACUAUCAGAGCUUGAAACACUGGAAACUGCAACUGAUGUUCCAUCCAAAAUCAAGGCUGUGAAUGAACGAGCAACGCUAUUUCGCAUUACGUCGGCAACUGUGAUAAAUGCAUGUGCAGAUUAUUUGCAGCUUGCCCAAUCUCAAGGCCGAAAAUGGCAGAAGAUGCUUCAGCAUGAGCGCGAUCAGCGACUACGACUAGAAGAAAUUGUGGAACAGCUUGCAAGGCAGCACUCUCACCUGGAGCAAGCUGCCAAGGAUCAUCAGACUCCGAGAACUAGUAUGCCCCAUUCGUCACCAUCUGACGAAGACGAAGACAACGAAUUUUACGACGCUCAGUCAGAUCAAAGUCAUUCAGAAAAUCAACAAAACUUCAUCAUCAAAAUCCCAAUGGGUCACCGCAGAACAUCAUCUGCCGCAAGUUUAGGCUCACAGGGAGCCGAUAACGGCCCCCGAGACAGCCAAGACGAAGCCUCCGGCUCAAGCAGUGAUGUUGAUGCAGAAACCAAGGUGGUUGUCAUCAGCAGUGGGACUAAUGCGGAAGCUGGGUCAAGUCAAAAUAAGAAGGAGAGCUCUGAAGUUGUCACUAAAAAGGAUUCAAACAAAGCCAGCAGUUGCAAAAGUUCUCCCAGCACUGCUGUAGGACCGCCUGCUGUCUUGCGCAAACGCCGAACGAGAGUGCCUGACAAGCCCAACUAUCCUCUCAAUUUAUGGAGCAUAAUGAAAAACUGCAUAGGCAAAGAUUUAUCCAAAAUUCCCCUUCCUGUAAAUUUCUGUGAACCUCUUUCAAUGUUGCAACGUGUAACAGAAUCCUUUGAGUAUUCGGAUAUUUUGGAUAAAGCUGCAUUGUGCACUGACCCAUGUGAGCAGAUGGCUUAUGUUGCAGCAUUCACGAUAUCUAUCUAUGCAAGCACUAGCAACCGUACAGGGAAACCAUUUAAUCCUCUUUUGGGUGAAACAUUUGAAUGUGAUCGAACAUCUGACUUAGGCUGGAGAGCUAUUUCAGAGCAGGUUUCCCAUCAUCCGCCCAUGGCAGCACAAUUUUGUGAGGGAAAAGGCUGGCGUGUGUUUCAAGAAGUGACAGUAACUUCCAAAUUUCGAGGAAAAUACUUUCAAAUUAUUCCUCUUGGAACUUCUCAUUUGGAAUUCGAUGCCUCUGGUAAUCACUAUACAUGGCGUAAUGUUACCACCACUGUGCACAACAUCAUUGUUGGUAAACUUUGGGUGGACCAGCAUGGUGACACAGACAUCAUUAAUCACAAAGAUGGAACUAAAUGUCACUUGAAGUACAUCCCUUACAGUUAUUUUACCCGUGAUGCCCAGAGGAAGGUUAAAGGCUGCGUGAUGGACAAGGAUGAGCAAGUUAAGUGGGUUGUAACUGGAACUUGGGAUGAAAAAGUUGAAAUUGCCCCAGUUACCAGUGUAGAAGGGGACAGGAGCAACCCUGUGUACAGAACGGGCCCGUACAUCACAGCGUGGUUGCGUCGCCAUCCGCCACCAGAAAGUGAAAAAUAUUACAACUUCACAGAAUUGGCCUGUCAAUUAAAUGAGAUGGAAGAAGGUGUAGCUCCAUCAGAUUCUCGUUUGAGGCCUGAUCAGCGUAUGAUGGAGGAAACACAGUGGGAUGAGGCGAACUCUGAAAAAGUUCGUUUGGAAGAGAAGCAGAGAGCCGUAAGACGAAAGCGAGAGGCAGAUGCAGAGGCUGCAGCUGCUGCAGGACAAUCAUAUCCUCCGUACGAACCAAUAUGGUUUAGAAAAGAUAAAGAACCUUGGACUGGACAAAUUUGCCAUAUUUAUCAAGGAAAAUAUUGGGAGUGCAAAGAAAAGCAGCAGUGGGAUAUGUGUCCAGACAUUUUUGGCAAUCCUUGAUGAGCCUCUUUUGCUAAUGGUGGUACAUCUCUCUCCCAGCUACGAAGCAAAUACUGAACAUCUAUUGAAGUCAUUUACCAUUAAGUUUGUAAGACUACUUGUGUAAAUAUUGUAUUUAAGAGCUAGGCAUUUAAAUAUACACUAUUGUAAUUUUGUUUUGGGGGAAAUUAUGGGGGCUAGCUAGGUAUAUUCAGUGAGUUAAACCAUCUUUUAAUUUUUUCCCCUUACCUUCAAAGUUUGUAAAUAUUUUUGUUAAAGUGGGACAGUUAUGUAAGAAUUUUGUGAAUAACCAUGCAAUUCUGGAUGGUACAUGUUUGUAUUUCCUCAGUACUUGCUCAAAAGAAAAGUAUCAGAAGUCAUGCUGGGAUGAUUGCAGAGAAAGAGUAACAAAAGCAUGCUGUUACAACAGCAAUGCUUUACUAAUGUGGAAUCUUGAAAAUAAUGUACAUUUUAUUUUUUCUAACAGAAUCUUUUUAUACUUUCAUCUCCUAGGUACAAGACUAAACUAAUUGUUAUCAUUGAUUCACUCCUUUGGUUUACUCUACAGUUUAUCUUCUGAACAGUGACUGAUUGCACUUUGCCUUGAACACUUUAGUGGAAUGUCAAGGAAUGCAAUGUUGAUGUUUUGAGGAUUUACAUGUGGGAGUUCAAAAAUUUGGCCUGAGGCAAAUUCUGAGGAUUGAAACUGCAGUCAUGCCUCUUGUCAGAAAGAAAAUAAAAUAAAAAAUAAACAAUAAGGAAAGAAAUUCUAGAGAUUCUUUUAGUAGGUGUGUGUGUAUGAUGGAGAAUAUGUCCAAGCAUGAGGUUUCAUUUGUUCACUUUUUCUGACUGUGCAACAAUAUGUGAUAGCCUGCUUGAGCAUGUGUGUCCAAAUAUUUCUUUGUACUUGUUCUAACAUGACCCCUGGUACUUGGUAGUAAUUGUUCUUUUUAAGAAUAUUCCUUGUCUGUAGUAUUGUGAUGAAUGGUUCGUUUUGUGAUUUAUGUUGAUUAUAAAUGAAGCAUCUAGAACCUGUAAUGACUUCCACCAACACAAAAUAUGUUACGGAUCAUUUACAUUUUCAUUUGAAAGUAUUGCUUUAAGCAAAUCUUGUUUACUCAUUAUCAAUACAUGAGCAUUCUUAAUUUGUUUCCUCAUUUUGUUUACUUCAAAAAAUAAAAAAAAGAAAAUAGCAUAGAGGAGUUUCCUGGGAGAGACAUGUUAAACAGGCAUAAUUUAGUGUUGACCAGUUAACAAGAUCUAUUUAGUAGGCUGCCUUAUUAAAUUGAAUUAUUUGACAUACUGCUUUGCAUUUUAAUUUGGAUUUUGCUGUUAGUUUCACUCAAAUUUGACUUAAAGUUAAAUAUUUUAUGCAUUGCUAAUGUUUGCAAUGGCAGCGACUCCUUUGCCCAUUGAAUUUUGUAAAAUCCAAGCUGUGAUAACGUUAUUGAUUUAAAAUAGGUUUCUUCUUUCUCUCUCUCUCCCUUUUGAAUGUAGAGCCCGGUUGAGAAGGGACUUGCUUCAUUAGGUUGAAGAGGUCAUCAUUCCCGAAUCUCAUUAUUGUCUGACACUUUCUCGUGAUUUUAUUAUUUGUGCAUAUUUCGAAGCUUGAGGAAGAGGAAGAACGGGAAUAUGUGGAAGUGCCUUAUUGGAACUUGGGAUUGUCAUCUUCUUCCUAGUUAAGAGACCCCUAUUUUAAUUGGACCCUGCAAUCAAGAUAUGUUGUAGAAACCUAUUCACGGUAACAUUAUUGCACUCUGAUAAAAUCUUUUCAUUCAUGUUAUGUAUUAUUUUUCUUGAUGAGCUGUUUGCAUCACAAGAAGUGGGGUGGAGCAUGUUUCUUCAUAAAAUCUGUUCUUUUCAUUUUAUUUCUUUUAGAUCAUGAAUUAUGUUAGUUUACUUUCAAUAAGUUUUAGAAUGGAACUAACUUGCUUUUCUUUUGCUGUUGCCUUGAUUCUUUUAAUUAAGUACUGUACCAUGUUUGAGCUGUGGGCUGCAAGUCAAUUUCUGUGCUAAUAAUAUGUAAUUGUAACACAUUUUUUAUCUGUUAUGGAGGCAAGAAAUUGUCUUCAUUGGAUCCCAGCGAAAAGAGUCAUGUGAAAAAUGGUACCAGCCAAACGAGAUACACUUUUGCUAAUCAUGUGUCUGCUUUAAGAAUGGUAUAGUCAUUUGCUGCUGUGAACUGAUUUACAUGUGUCUACAUCAUAUAUGUUAGAUCAUGCUUCAAAAAA